CGUCUCUGGCUAUUCUGUCAGUCAGAAGCCAAGCUCCAGUUGCUCAGGGGUAGGUUCGGUUCGUGGGAGGUGAGGAGGGGCAGACCCUUCUGUGGAGGACCAGCUGCAGAUUCCACACCGCCCUGACACCGUCCUGACAGGGAGGGGAAAUUCUGGAUGUGGCCUCUUCACUCGCUUCGUCCGUGUGCUUUUCUGGUUCCCCCUUUUUUACAACACCAUACACGGACUGCACAAGCUUCAGUCAGUCCCUCUGCUGCUUUCCCGAGCAGCUGUCACCAAACUCUACACCAUUGGCUUUGGUUUGGCUUGCCUAUAGCCACCAGCAUUGACCAUGUCCAAGCCCAACGACGUGGACUUUGAGUUCAUCGAGACGCCCAAGGCAGCGGCCCCGGGCUCUGAUAAGCGCGAAGACUGCGGUGUUCGCACGACUGAGCGUCCUGCGAUCAAGAAUGCCCCCCUCCCUGCCGACGGUCCCGGUUCCGAUCAUUUCAACAACUAUGUGCUCGCGGGUGUCAUGAUUCUCGUGCCUUACUACAUGAAGUACAAGGUUGGCGGUGGGCUGAAGACCUUCAUCUUCUUUGCUCUGGUCGUCGACCUCCCUCUCCUUGCUGGCUGGUGGUUGCUCGUGUCCUCCAUCAGCCCUCGCAAGACCGACAAGGCUGCCCUGCCUAACCGUGGCGUGGAGCACUACCUCGAGUUCAAGAAGGAGUCCGACCGUGCCAAGUUCCGUGGUCAGAACAAGGUCCCCAUGGGCGACUUCUACGAGAUGUACUUUGACGGCGAGGUGGACUUCAAGGGUGACGCUCUCGAGAUCCUCGAGUACCGCCACGACUGGGCUAGCUUCCGCUUCACCAUCGGCCUCAUCAAGUUCUUCCUCACCGGUACCCUCCCCGACGUGAUCUGGCGCCACCAGCGAUCCGACGACGAGAGCCAGGUCCGCGACCACUACGACCGCGGUGACGACUUUUACGGAUGGUUCCUUGGCCCGCGCAUGAUCUACACUUGCGGUAUCAUUUCCGACCCUGACGUGGAGGAGACUCUCGAGGAGCUCCAGGACAACAAGCUUGCCGUGGUCUGCGAGAAGCUCGGUCUUCAGAAGGGCGACAAGAUGCUUGACAUUGGCUGUGGCUGGGGCACUCUCGUCCGCUACGCCAGCGAGAACUACGGAGCCUCUGCCACCGGUGUCACCCUGGGCCGCAACCAGACUGCUUGGGGCAACUCUGCUCUCAAGAAGGCCGGCAUCCCCGAGGACCAGAGCAAGAUUGUCUGCAUGGACUACCGCGAUAUCGAGGUGCCCGAGGGCGGCUUCAACAAGAUCACCGCUCUCGAGAUGUCGGAGCACGUUGGUGUUCGCCACUUCCACAAGUUCCUCAAGGGUAUCUACGACAUGCUCGACGACGAUGGUGUCUUCUUCAUGCAAUACGCCGGUAUCCGUAAGCCUUGGCAGUACGAAGAUCUCAUCUGGGGUCUUUUCAUGAACAAGUACGUCUUCCCCGGUGCCGACGCCUCUACUCCUCUCGGAUGGACCAUCGACAAGCUGGAGGGCGCCGGUUUCGAGGUCAAGGCUGUGGACACCAUCGGCGUGCACUACUCGGCUACUCUCUGGAGGUGGUACCGCAACUGGCUCGGAAACCGUGACAAGGUCGAGGCCAAGUACGGCAAGCGCUGGUUCCGCAUCUGGGAAUACUUCCUCGCCUCUUCCGUCAUUGCUUCUCGCCAGGGUAGCGCCACUUGCUUCCAGAUUACCCUAGUCAAGAACAUCAACUCUACUCACCGCGUGGAUGGCAUUGAGACUCAAUUCGGACUGGAGGGCGCUCUGAACAACGCCAGGUCAAAGGGCAAGAUGGACUCUUGGGCUACCAAGAACAACGUGAAGACUCCUGCGGAGCUCUUUGCUUAGAUCACCAGACUAGGAGCCGAUACCGAUUGAUUCGGCAUACUGAGAAGCGCCCUUGAUUGACAAAUCAAUCUGAAUUCUUCCCAAUGGGGGGCUUUGCGGAUGCUUCUCCCCUCGCGGCAAUGCAGGGCGCCGGGGUUUUGAGCUGCUGGAUGCACAUGGGUUGUUACGGACCGGAACUCAUAUAGACGGGGUAAUGGACGGGGAGGCUGCCCUAACAUGGCUUGAAGUGAUGGGUGGACAUGAAAA